AGCCUGCUGCGUGCCUAUAGUAUUAUAUAUACGUUGCUCUCAUCACUGUGCUUGUGCGGUAUGCAGACUACUGCAGAGCGCUAGCUAAGCGAAACAAACUCAGCGAUCGACAAGCUAAGCUAGCAGACUACACAUCCAGGAUCGGAGCCGCUGCUCACCGACCAAUUAAUAUGGCGACGGAGUACUUGUCCGGGUGGCCGCUGUCGUCCUGGAUCAGCCCCGGCGCGGCGUUCUUCCUCUUCGUCAACGUGCUCAUCGGCGCCAUCGUGGUCACGUCCCGCGGGCACCAAGCUGGCCGUGGCCGCGCGGCGGCGUCCACGCGGAGGCUCUGCCGCAGCGCGUCGUCCAUGGUCCUCGACCGGCUCCGCUCCUUCUCCAUGUUCUCCGUCCAUCCCGACCCCACGGAAAUGGAAGAGCGCUAUAGCACGUCGUCCCCCCUCGAGCUGGAAGCAGAGGAGGAGCAGCAGCCCCAACCCCAACCAGCCGUCGUGGAGCCCGCAAGGUCACCUGUUGCGGCAGUAGCAGCUGCUGCAGACGGUGCAUCGUCCGAGAUCGCCAAGGAAGAGGCGGCGGAAGCGGGAAAAGACCUGCCCACCAGCUCGAACGAGGCCCACGGUCUGCUGUUGCAGUUGCAGCAGGGUCACGGCGGCCGGCAGCAGCCACCGUCGUCAGUACAUGUCGUCGUCACAGCCGCCGAUGCAACUGCGGCGGUGGAGAUAAAGGAGGAGGAAGAGAAGAAGGCAGAGCAGGAAGCAACCAUGCAGCGCGCACCUGCGAGUAGGCGGGGAACGACGGAGGAAGCAGCGGAGGGGAAGGCGGCGCUGAACGCGCGGGCAGAGUCCUUCAUCCGGAAGUUCCGGGAGGAUCUCAAGCUGGAGCGUCUCAACUCCAUUAUCAACUACACCCGCACGCUCCGCCGCGGCGUUGGCGCGCCACAGCCCACUGCGCAGUAGCUCUCCGCUCAUCGGUGGUCCAUCGUUUUUUAUUGUUUGCUUAAUGUAUAGAGUACUUGAAUUUGUUUGCUCAUCACAAUGGUGCCAAAACCAGAUAGUUUAGUUUAAAUGUGAUUGUGUACCA